AUAGCGCCCAUCCCGCCCACCGAAAGCCACAUAUAGUACACAUAGUGUGGCGGAUAAGGAAAAAAAGAAAGAUAGAUACAAACACACUCACGCGCAAGGAUAACAUUAUGUGGAGCGGUAAUGCGGAGUGGUGGAGUGGCGAGGGUUCGCGGUCGGGUUCGGGGGUAGAACGAAAAAAUACCGCGCCAAAUUAUAUUAUAAUUAUAUUUAAAAUGCUGCCGACGGCCCCGCCUGCCAGCCACGCCCCCUUCCUGCCUGUGUCCGCGGAAGUGGAGGCAGCCAAGUAGAAAAAAUUACUAAUAAUUUUGACGAAAAACGAAAAAGCGCCGGCUACAAUUUCUCCGAGUAUACAUAUACUCGUGUGCAGAGCGUACGGCGAGGACAAAAAAGCCAACCAUAUCCGGACUCCUCGUUCCUUGGCAGGCGCAAUACCCUUGCCCGGAUUAUCGGAUUAUCGAUCUCAUUGUGUGAUGCCCACAUCGGAGUGCGUAUUCCUGGCGCUUAGCUAGCAACCGAAACCAUGAAACAAUCAAACUAUGAUCCAUUGCCACAUUGCCAGUUCUGGAAGGCGCAGAAGGGACACGAAUGGAUGAAAAUCAAAUGAGGCAAGACCUUCUAACUGGGCAUAUAAUAUAAUCAAGCGGCGACAAUGACAGUGGCGUCGGAAGGGGUAGUAACAGUAACAGUGGCAGGCGAAUAAAUUUCAAGCGCUUCGGGAACACGUAUCACGUAUACGCGAUGUGUAACACGGCUGCCGCAGUGCAGCCAAACAAACGUUUAAACGAGCUGGCCCCGGGCGGAGCAGGGUGGCAGAGGGGGGGAUUAGGAGGUCCUGGCCACCAGCCAAAACUGAUGCUAACUAUAAUUUGCACUGUUUGUUGUUGCCAGUGUUUUAAUUUCAUUUGCCUACCCUGCAAUCCCUCGGUGAUUCACGACUUUUCCACGUUGGCCAGCCGCGCUAUUCCGAGGUACUUCCAAAUCGAAGCCCCCAAUCCGGCAGUCGCUCACUCGAUUCGUGCCGCUUUGUUGGCUUAAUUUCGGCGUUUUUCUCGCUUUUUGCAAGUAAUUUAUGUAUUUAUUAUUUUUUAUAAGUCGUAUUUAGUUUGCAGGAGGAGCGCAGCUCGCUCGCUCGCUCGCUCGCUCGCAUGUGUGCAAUUCAUUGCACUCGGUUUGCUUUUGGUUUCGCUAGCGCCCUGCGCUCCAUUUUCGGUUUGGUAUUUAGACAAAAACCCAAUUGCGGCGCUAACUGGCUUUGGCAUAGACAAUAUGGCUAUGGCAAUGGAUAUGGAUGGCAUGCCUGAAUUUAUUACAAAUGCAAUUUGUUCGAUUUAUCCUUGCAGGCUAACCGGAGGCAGCGCCCCCAAGCCAAAGAGGAUCACACUGGCAGAUUUGCGAAUAUGGAGGAUUCGGAGGAUUGGAGGAGGAGCCCCAGUGCGGGUAAUUCAAUCAGGAAUUGGGUUCGCUCUGGCCACAUCCACUGAUCACGUCUUAGGCAGCUGCGGAUCACGGAUGGACGAUCGCAGAUCCGGAGAUUAAUCAUCCAGAUGGAAACUGAAGCUGGAAAGCAUCUCCGGUGCGGAAGUAGCUCACGUUGCUCUCCGUCACCCUCAACUCCAUUUAGUCAUGCAUCUUACGGCGGGCACGGCCGUGAUACGGUGGCCCGCGCUCCCCGGCGGAGACUCUCUUCCGGUCCGCGGUCACGUGGGGAGAGCGCUCUGCGCUGUGCACUCUGCAUUCUAGCCGCUGCACCGUUAGCCAAGAUUUGUUGUGGUCUCUUUAGGGGGAACCCAAGAUCUUCGUACUUAAAUCACGCGGCGCUCAAUUGGCAUUCGAGUUAUGCAACAUUCUCGGAAGCGAGCGCACCCAGCGACCUUUUAAGCGCGUCUGCCCUGCUCCAAGUCACCACUGCCACUCCAGAGCUGACCGCGGUCGCAACCAAGGUUCCACGAAAAGCAGGCACACUAAGGAUACGAGCCCUUUAGAGUCAACUCCAUCAGAUGAACCCAGGAUCACGAGGACAAACUAGUUCCAGUCAAGUAUCAAGUCAUCUGAAGUAGAGUGCCACCAUGACGCACUGCCUUUGGUCGACACUGCUGGGCCUGCUGUCCGUGCUCUCCACGGCCACCAGUCGCUCGGUGCGGCAACUACCAAGCGCAUAUCCACCGGUGCUGCCCACCGGAUACUAUGGACAGCCGCCCUAUGCUUACCCACCCUACGGCUAUGGCUACCAGGCGCCACCACCCGUUUACCAGCCUUAUUACGACAACGUUUUUGGCGUCUUCAAGAGCUAUCCCGGCGGUGGAUUCCCUGUGCGGUUCGAUUACAAUAAUCGCUGCUCGCGCAACUACAUUGGCAUCAAGCCGCAUCCCGACCAACAGCAGUACUACUACGUCUGUAAGCCCGACUGUGUAAUCUUCAGCAAGUGCCGCGGCCUUGAGAGCUUCAACGCCAGCAGCGGGCGCUGCGUGCAACACGUUCCACAGCACAGACCGGACCACAGGCCGCCGCAGUGCCAGAAGGAGGGCCGCUUCCCACAUCCCCACGACUGCAAGGUGUACUAUAGGUGCGACAAGAACCGGACGCAGCCUUGGCUUUUCGCCUGCCCGGCGGGCACCAUUUUCUCGCCGGUGGAGCGCAAGUGCUUGCCAGGCGACCAGUGCCCCUCGACGGAGAUAUCGGACAGUGGCAGCUAUAUCCCGCAGAACUGCGAGCUCAAGUUUCCCGAGUGCGCCGAGGAGGGCACGUUCCGCUCCCCGACGGACUGCGCCCUCUACUACACGUGUCGAUUGCAGGAAAGUGGCACCUAUCUGCAGACGCGAUUUAAAUGCCCCGGCAGCAAUAGCUUUGAUCUCGAGCGGAAGCUGUGUCGUCCCCGCAGUGAAGUCGACUGCUUUGACUUUGUUCCGGGACCCGUGCAGGUACCCUACGUUCCACAGCCCUACUAUCCACCCUAUCCAGCUGCACCGCCACUCUAUGAGGAGGACGACUACGAUACGGGAGCCAGGGACCAGCAGCCUGCCCUUAAGUCGGAAAAGCUUCAGGUGGCGCCGCAGGGCUUUGAAAAACCUUCAUUGAAUGUAGUGGUUUUGCAAACAAGCACCUCAACUACUUCGGAACCUUCAAAUGCCUAUCAUAAAUACCCCGCCUAUCCAUCGUAUCCCUCAUAUGAGUAUUCAUCGCACCAUCGCGGUAAGGAAACGGCUGCAGAAAACCUAGAGCUUAAGGAAGAGGGCGUUCCGCGCAAGCUUAAGCUCUCGGAGAACAUUGUCAUCCAGCCCGAAACGCCAGCGACUACAACUACCACUCGUGAACCUUUAAAUGAUACCAACAAAUAUCAAUACAAAAGAUACACCUAUGGUACAGCCAAAAACGAUGUCACGGAGGCUCCGGAAAUCAAAUCACCGUUAAAGGGCUUGCACCUUUCGCAAAAUAUUGUCAUUCUCCCUACAACUUCUACACCUGCGACUACCACAACUACGACUAAACCAGUGGUGCUUACAUGCCCUACCAUUCCAACACCAAAAACAACUCCCAAACCAAGCACAACUACUGCAGUCACAAAAUCAACGCCAAAAAUGUCAAGUACCGAACAGCAUAGCACAACGACCGCUAGAACCACUACUACUAAAAGACCAACAACUGUUAAUGAGAAAACCUCACCGGCUACCGAAAAGCCAAGGACUACUGUAGUGACAACAACGACUCAAAAACGCAGUACGACUACUCACAACACCUCACCAGAUACAAAAACAACAAUAAGAUCUACAACGCUUUCUCCGAAAACGACAACAACACCUUCCACAACAACUACGGUAAAAGUUACAACCCACAGGCCGAAAACGACUGCUCGGAAAACGUCAACAGCUUCUACUACUACCAAAAAAACAACAACUUCUCCCAAAACUACAAAGAGUACGGAGAUCCCAACUUCUACCACUUCUAAACUUUCCACAACAACCCAGAAAACAACUACUCACAAAUCUACUGCAGCAACAACUUCUACUGAGAAUCCAAAAACGACUACUGAGAAAACAUCAACAGUUUCUACUACCACUAAGAAAUCCACAGAAAGUUCCCCUAAGCCUACAAGCAGUACGGGAAAACCAAUUACCACUCCCAAACCUUCAACAAGAACGACACCAACGACAACUACAGUCACAGCCACUACUCAAAUAACAACAACGACCUCCUUGAGAUCCUCCACGGAAAGUACGUCCACUCAAACCCCAAAAACAACUUCACCUCAACCAACAAAAACGACGACUCGUACGGUUACUCCGAAAAUCUCAACAACAACAACGACCACAGAAAAGCCAAUAACUAGUAGUACUAAACCUACAACUACGACUCAGAACACGACAUCGACGGCUCCAAACACAACUAAAGUAACAAUCACUACGCAAAAAGAGACAACACCUACACAGAACACGUCAACAAACAGAUUUACUAGGAAAACAACAAGUAAUAAUCCAGAACCGACUAGUACCGAAAAACCUAUCACCUCGACGACUCCAAAACUUAUUACAACUACUCCGAAAACAUCAACAGUUGCAAUAAGCUCCGAAAAGACAACGAUUAGUUCUCCCAAGCCUACUACCGAAAAAAGUACCGAAAAUCCUACCACGAACUCUGUGAAAACAUCUGCGUUAACUAGCUCCACUCACAAAGCAACAAGUACUACAUCCGAACCGACUAAAACGACCCAAGAAAUAACAACGACUACUCCGAAGCCAACUUCUACUCAGGAACCUAUCACUACGCAAAAAGAGACAACACCUACACAGAACACCUCAACAACCAGAUUUACUAGGAAAACAACAAGUAAUAAUCCAGAACCGACUAGUACCGAAAAACCUAUCACCUCGACGACUCCAAAACUUAUUACAACUACUCCGAAAACAUCAACAGUUGCAAUAAGCUCCGAAAAGACAACGAUUAGUUCUCCCAAACCUACUACCGAAAAAAGUACCGAAAAUCCUACCACGAACUCUGUGAAAACAUCUGCGUUAACUAGCUCCACUCACAGAGCAACAAGUACUACAUCCGGACCGACUAAAACGACCCAAGAAAUAACAACGACGACUCCGAAGCCAACUUCUACUCAGGAACCAACAACUUCUACUCAAAAAGUAUCCACGGUUACUAUUACCACUAAAAAAGCCACGGAAAGUUCCCCGUUGACUACACUAAGCACGGAAGAACCAACUACAACUCCCAAACCAUUGACUACAACGACUCCAACGACAACUUCAGUGGCAGCCACUACUCGACUUACAACAACCACCAUUUCGGAAUCCACUACAGAAACUACGUCGACUCAAAAGCCAGAAAGUUCUAAGCCUACACCUACAACAAGGACGACUCCGAAGGCAACAACAGUGAUCGUUUCUACUCAAAAUCCAACAACGUCCACUUCGAAAACAUCUACGGUAACCAUAACCACACCAAAACCAAGUACAAGCACACAAAAGUCGACCACUACAACUCGGCAACCGACAUCAGUUACUGCAUCAACUACAAGUAUCGGAACCACGAGGAUUCCAACUACCACUACCCCGCAAAACUCCACUUCCUCGACUGAUUUGACCACUGUCACGCGACCGCCAUGUCCCGAUCCCGACUCCACCUCAGAUAAGAACACAAAUACUGCAUGCACACAAGAACUCCAACAAGUGAAUCUACUUGAACUACAAUCACCACAGAAACAAGAAGAACUCACCCACACACAAACCCACACAGCAUUAACCGGAAGUAGGAACACUUUAAGCGGGCAGGAAGUGCCGGACUACAUGGAUGAUGCACCGUCUUCCGCUGAGGCGGAAUCAGGGCAGGCAACGACAGCGAAGGCACCAACCAUGUCCACGCUGGCGGCGGCCCAUCUACUGCAAAAACUGUUCCACAUAAUCUCCACGACGCCGCCGAGCAGGGAGCAUGCUCCUACUCAGCGACCAUCCAGUCAGCCUUCUUCCAGCCAGCGCUCGCAGGGAGUGACCAUUGCCCAGAUGGCCAGGCAUAACCUAGCCACCUCUAAGCCCUUUAUCGCCCACUCCCUACGGCUCUCCAUCCAGCAGCUAGCCUCCACCCAGAAGCGCUCUAUCCCGCCCAAGACACUCGUUACGCACAACACCACUAAGGAGCCGGAGGACUCCGAGUACUACGAUAGUGAGACAUCGGAACAGUACGCGGACGAGGACAACGAAGUACUAGACAAAGCACAGCCAAAGGCUAUGUCCAGCACCACUGUGGCCGCAGUGCUCCCUGCUGCUCCGUCUACAACCACUGAGCGGGAGCCACAAAAAACAUCUUCCUCGCCAAGUCCGACCAAGACAACUCCCUCCACCACAGCCCAGCCGAUUGAGACGACAACUGGCGACCUAGAAUACGAUAGUUCCGGGGGCUCUGACUAUGUCAACGACGCGAAUGACAUUCCGAGCGGUGUAGCCACCAGCCUGGAGGCCAGGAAGAACUUCCUGCUCAGCCUCCUAAAGCAGCGCCUUACUCGAAUAGAACGAACAGAAUCGAAGAAGCCAAUGCCGGCUACGAGCACUUCCCCCAACACAGGUGCCCCUCAGACAACAAGCAGCAGUACAAGUCCUGCGUCCACCAUAAGCGAGAGCACUUCUUCGGUCACAAGUUUGACCGCAAGGUCAAGUCUGACUGCUAGUAAGCACUCAAGUCCAGAGGCACUUAGUCGGCAGAAAAGUUUGACAGCUCAGAGUGCGGAAUACUAUGAUGAGGACGAUGACUACAUGGAAGACGAACCCGCUGGUUCUUCUGAUGCUGAGAAAAAAGAGCGCGGCGAAGUCUUAAUAGCCGAGAAGCAACCAGCAGCCACCGCUAAGCGACACAUCGCACCUCCAUCCGAGCAGCCUCUUAGGCAGGCGAUGCUCAAUAUAUUAGCAACUAGAAGUGAGGAAAACGAAGUGGAUGUGAAAGCCACAUCCGACGGGCUGCAGUUUAGGAGAUUUGUAAGCAGGAAUAGUAAGAUUCCCACUGAAAGUCCUCCCAAUCGCGCAUCAAUUGUAGUUGCUGAGGCUCUAAGCCGAAGACUUGCCGACAACCUUGGGGAGCUUCCUUCAGGACCAACCGUACCACACACAUCUGAUGCGAAACCAAUCGCAUCAGUCAGUCAAACAACGAUACGAAGCAGAGAACCACAAACAGAAUCAUCUUCUCAAACACCACCAUCGACAUCUACAGAAACACCAGCGACACAAGCAACCCAAAAGCAUCGAACAGGCGAAGCCACACAGAGUACAUUAGAAAUAGUCACACAGACCACUCCAGAAUCAGCGCCACCAGCAACAACUGUGCCCGUCGCGGUGCGCCAGGAAGUGCUGUCGGUGAACAGCAGGCCCUGGUUGCUGGCGGCGCGCAACCAAACCGUCCACCUCACACCCAUCUCCUCCAUUGCCGCUCGAGCGCCAAGCAACCCAGUGAGCCACGCUAACCGUUCGAUCAAUCCACUAGUGUCCAGUCCCGAGGACCACUCCACGGAGAAGGUGCCGCAGCUCAUCGUUAAGGUGUACGAGCCCAUCGACCUGAAGAUAGUCUUCUGCCCGAAGUCGUGCGACCAGGACCACGACCACAAAUUCGACCCAGCUGAUAAUAUUAAGACGUCCAACUGCACGGGAGGCUGCGACGAGGAGGAGGAGCGGAUCCACAAGCAUGUCGACAUCCAGUGGAAGCCACUAGAGCUGACCGACAUCGCUGGCUUCCGCAACGCCGUGUAGAAACACAACGAGGCCCACGAAAUUCCCGUAAUGGCGUGUGAAAGGCGAUUGUUUCCAGUGAUCGGCUAGGGACGAACCAGGCGGAAUGAACUUGAAAUGGAAGCCAGAAACGCACUAAUGUCCUUCAACGACUGGACCGGCAAAUACCAAGUUCGCUGAUACAGUACCCCCACCCCAGCCCGCUUCCGCCCACUGUGGCGGUCUCAUGUGCGCGGCGACAAAGUUUUUAUUCCUUUGUUUAGAAUAAGCAUAAAUGCGCACGUGUUCCACCCGCUUUAGUGUGCGACAGAUUGGGAUGGACGGUGGCAAGGACGGUGACGGAGGCGGGGGCAGGACCCGUUAAAUUUUAAUGCGCCCGUAUCGAUAUGCGAGCAUGGUCCGCGCCAGCGUAAUCUAUAAAAGCGAAAAUCGCGUGACACCAUCGUGGGAUUCCUGUUCCUCCAACGUUGCCUGCGAAGUCUCGAUAAGCCAAUUGGCAUCUGGUGGUUAGUUGUCGGGCCAGGAGUGGCGCUGCAUCCUCACACCCGCUUACAGACUGCUCCCAGUCCAUGGGAGCUCGCCUAUGAAUAUCCCAUGAGCUCACGCACUUCAACAUCUGCGCGCACUUUGCAUAAAUUCGCAAUGUCGCAACUUCUAAUCAAUACCGCCGAAUGUGGGCGCAGUGCUCAGUGAGGAGUCCACUCGGAGGUUGUGGAAUCCGCCCAAUCGAAGCAAAAAACCAUAUAAUUGUUAAUACUGGAUAAUAUUGAGUUUUUCUUUUUACUGGAUUUUUCGAAUUUAGUAAUAAACGUAUGA